AGCAACAAAGGGACGCGCAGCAAACUCGCAUCAGGACCACAAGCGGGACAAGUCGACGCAGACGGAGCGCACAAUAGCGGCGGGGCGGAGUGUCAGAGGCUUGCAAACAACAGUGCGUCUGCGGGUUUUGCAAUAUGCACCAGGAUUCGUGUAAUUACCCUCCACCCGGCGUCUCUCGGCUACAGAAGUCGGGGAUAAUUUUUUUUCUCUCCUGCCAGCGCCGGCAGAUCUUAACCCGACAAGAAGCUGAACCGAUAAUUUGAAGACUUUUUUUUUCUACAAGUCGGGGCUAAAGCCAGAGAGAGAGAGAGAGAGAGAGAGAGAGAGAGAGAGAGAGAGAGAAGAGAGAGAGAGAGAGAGAGAGAAACGCUGCAAGUGUAACAAUAUUUUAAUAGGGAGAGGCGAGGGACGAGCGCUGCUCAGAGUCAACUGGGGAGAUCAGAGCAGAGAAGAGGUGUGAACUCAGAGAGGACGUCAAGAACACAGAGGCUCAUGCGUUGAAAGGGCCCUCUCCAUGGAUAUAGACACAGACUAUGAGCGGCCCAAUGUGGAAACCAUUAAAUGUGUGGUGGUUGGGGACAAUGCAGUAGGCAAGACCAGGCUAAUCUGUGCCCGGGCCUGCAAUGCCACACUCACACAGUAUCAGCUGCUUGCCACCCACGUGCCAACCGUCUGGGCCAUCGACCAGUACCGAGUAUGCCAGGAGGUGCUGGAGAGGUCUCGGGAUGUGGUGGAUGAGGUCAGUGUGUCCCUGAGGCUUUGGGACACAUUUGGGGAUCAUCACAAAGACAGGCGAUUUGCCUACGGCAGGUCUGAUGUAGUGGUACUCUGCUUCUCUCUGGCUAAUCCCAACUCCCUGCGCCAUGUUCGCACCAUGUGGUUUCCGGAGAUCAAGCACUUUUGUCCCCGAACACCCAUCAUCCUGGUCGGCUGCCAGCUGGAUCUGCGUUACGCUGACCUGGAUGCAGUUAACCGUGCGCGACGGCCAUUAGCAAAGCCCAUCAAACCAACAGACAUCCUCCCUCCAGAGAGAGGCCAUGAGGUGGCAAAAGAACUUGGGAUUCCUUACUACGAGACAAGCAUUGUCGCCCAGUUCGGAGUCAAAGAUGUGUUUGACAACGCCAUUCGUGCAGCCCUCAUUUCCCGUCGACACCUGCAGUUCUGGAAGUCCCACCUGAAAAAGGUCCAGAGACCCCUUCUCCAGGCACCCUUCCUACCUCCUCGACCACCACGCCCCAUAGUGGGCAUCCCCGACCCACCGGCCACAGACGGUGAAGGCCCUGACUCCCUUUUCUGUCAUCCGCUUUGCGCAGAUGUUCUUUUCCUUUUGCAGGGUGGCUCCACUCAUGUCUUUGCGCACAAAGUUUACCUGGCUACAUCUUGCUCCAAGUUCUACGACCUUUUCACCCUUGAUCUUGGUGGGUCGAGUUUUGGGGCAAUGGGAGAGGAACAGGAUGGCAAGGAAAACACAGAGAGUGGGGAGGAAGAUGAGCAGAGCAGGAGAGGAGCCAAAGAGCAAGCUGGGCGCACCAAGAGCCUGGACAUUGAUAAAGAUGGAAUAGAUGGAGGAGUGCGGGGCCUGAACCGACCGCAGCUGCUCCAGCAGGGGUCUCUGAGGACUUCCCAGAGUGAUAAUGCACUCCCCUCUCGAGCACAGUGCUCAAUGGGAGCAAUGGGGACAGGUCGAGCCCUUUCUGGAUGGGGCAGAGGGUUUCUCAGUGUGUGUCUGGAGCAUGUUGAUGAUCCCAUGACUGGACGACCUCGUCUGAUGACUGUGGUUGCCAUGGAUGCACUUAUUCAGGAGGAACCAUUUAAGGCAGUGCUUCAGUACCUCUACACAGGCAGCCUGGACGAGAGUCGAGGCGAUCUGAUGCAGGUGGCCACCAUUGCAGAGCUGCUUGAGGUGUUCGACCUCCGGAUGAUGGUGGCCAACGUUUUGAACAGAGAGAGUUUCAUGAACCAGGAGAUCACAAAGGCCUUCCACGUCCGCAGAGCCAAUCGAAUCAAAGAGUGCCUCAAUAAAGGGACUUUUGCUGAUGUUGUGUUCCGGCUGGAUGACGGCUGCCUUCCGGCCCACAAGCCCCUGCUCAUAUCCAGCUGUGACUGGAUGGCCGCCAUGUUUCGUGGCUCCUUCAUGGAAAGCUACAUCGAGGAGGUAUCGAUUCCUAACACCAGUACGGCAUGUAUGCGUGGAGUGCUUGAAUUCCUGUACUGUGGUCUCCUGACACCGUGCCCUGGAUUGGAGCCCGUGGAACUAAUAGUUCUGGCCAACCGUCUGUGUUUGCCACGACUCGUUGCCCUCACUGAGCAGUAUGCUGUGGAUGAGCUUCUGCAACUGGCAGUGAAAGGAGUGGACAUUGAUGGACAGGUGCUAGCUUACCUCGAAGUUUCACAGUUCCACAAUGCCAAACAGCUUUCUACUUGGUGUCUUCAUCACAUCUGCACCAAUUAUAAUAGCAUCUGCCGCAAGUUUCCCAAAGACAUGAAGGCUAUGUCUCCGGAAAACCAGAGGCACUUUGAGAAGCAGCGUUGGCCUCCUGUAUGGUUUUUGAAAGAGGAGGACCGCUACCUGCGUUCUCAAAAGGAGCGCGAACGCGAGGAAGAGAUCCUGCGCAAGCAGCACACCAAACGGGGCUGGUGUUUCUGGAGACACCCGUCUUCCUCUCCACACGUCUCCUAAGGGGUUUUCCACAUCUCGCUCUUGGAUCCUCCCCUCAGCGAAUGCUAACCCGUGGAUAAGCAAAUCCCGAGGAGAAUGGUUGGGAUCCCUCUAAAUGUGGAGAAAUAACUCUCAGUGCUAGCAUUCCUGAAUGUCUGCAUGCUCGGGAGGAGUGUAUGUGUCUCUUGGUGGGAGUGGGUUUCCACACAAUUGUGUUUUUGUGUUGGGACAGAUUGGGACUCAACAGAAAGGGUAUUUGCAUGAAUGUGCGAGUGUAUGUAUGGAAUUUAGUGAUGCUUCCAAGUUGAGAUGCAGUGAUCUCUAAAAGGACAACAGCGGUGCAGAGUAAUCCUUCCUCCUGUACGUAAAUGCUUUUUCUCCCUCUACCAGCACCCAAUUGCCUUGGAGUGUUGGAACUGGAAGCAAUGGCUCUCUUUUCUCUCUGUUUUCUCAGUCUUUAACCUUCACUUUGACCUUAAUAACUUUUACACCAUUGACACCGCAGCUCCCUUUGGCUGGUGGGGGAGUCUACGUCUGCCUUCACCUCUUAUACAGACUGUUUGCUGGCACAUGCAGAUGCAUCUCCACAUUUCACCCUUGUGAAACCAGCACUAGAUGCAGGAACUAACACUGACAAUUAGCUCAUUGUUAUUACUUAUCUUUUAAUCACUUAAUGUGCAUUUUGGGGUCAUUUGGGAUGAUAUUAUAUUAGUAGGGUGAAAGAGCAAAGACCUCGGAGAUAGUCAGAAAUCACCACUGCAACCACAGAUACAAUUGUUCUAUUGUAUUCUCAACUACAUAGAUAAUUGAGAAAAUAGACGUAAAUUAUCUACCAGUUAGUCCUCAUAUCUCUUUUGUCAUGUAACUGUGCACACCGUCUUUCAAAAUGUUUAUGGAGACUGACAUGGAGCCACUCUUUAGCACUGAUGAACUUUUUUUUUUUUUUUUUAAAGGGCUAGCCUUACUUAAUACCUCUGUCACGAAGGGGAAAUUUAAUACAGCAUUAAAUGUUCUCGGCCACUAAGGUGCAUUGAACCUUUGGAGCAAGCCUUUACACCUGUACACCACCAGGGGUCGCACUGCUCAGGGUCCUAUCACUUCCGUAGUAGGUGUUUUAUUGUAUUUAUCAAAUAUAUUAAUUUCUCCUUGCAGUGUUAUAAAAGUACAUACACCAGUUCACUAGUAGAUUCAAAAUACUGGACACUUAAAAGGGUUUUCAGCUGAUUCUGAAUACCAAAGGUGUAGUUCUUCCUUCUGCCUUUAUUUUUGUUUAUUUACAUUUUCUAACUGGGGAGGGGCUGUAGUAGAAACUAGAACAGGUUUUAGAAGCACAAGGCAGUGUUAGAUGCUGUUUACAAGUAGAGCCGGCCCAAAGGGUAAGCAAACUAACCCGCUUAAAACUUCUUAUUUUUGAUUAGCUUUGAAAUUGGCAGGUCAAAAAAAAAAAAAAAGAGUUGAAAUCUACAUUACCCAGGAAAAGCUUGAUAUGGGCAACUCUAGUUAUGUUAACAGUCCUAAUUUAACUUCAGUAUUCUUUACUUAUUUACAUUUAGUAUUGCAAAUAAAUCUGGAUAAUUAACGGUCAUUAUUCAGCUACUACUUGUGAGAACAAACUUUAAAGGGUUGUGCAGAAACACCCACCUUACCCAACGGGCUGGUUCUGGUUGUAAGAACUAAAGAUGGUCCAUUUAAAACAUUGCCUUCCAUUCUCUGCUAGAAUUAAACAUUGGUGCUGAAAACUGUCCACAUGAGCACAGAGACACACAUAGUUUAGUGGACUGAUGGUUUAUUUAUUUGUGCAGAAUUUACAGAAACUUUAGAAUAGUUUGUAAAUUUUUUAAACUUGAUUUAUUUUUUUUCUUUCUAUUCGCAGAGUCUGUAAAAAGCUGAUAAAAGAUUUUAGAGGUUGAGGUUUGCUCUAAAUCCUGGGAUGUCUUUUGCUGCUUUUAUAUUCUAAAUCAAUGUGAUCUAUUCCUUCUUUCCACCUAACACAAAAAUUGGGCAUUUCUUUAGAUUCAUCGUUUUGUUGUUGUUUCACCAGUUUGAGCAAAUAGGGUUUUCUCAUUUAGGGUGCUAAUUUUGUUGCGCUCUCAUUUGAAUGUGGAAAGAAAAAAAAAAGUUGCAACUGUGAGUUUUAUUAGCACUUUCUCUAUUUGUGGGUUUGCGCCCCACAGCUUUACUAAACUCUCUGAGAUGGGUAGAUUGUGUGAGGCAUGUGGUACAUUAUGCUGUUGUUCCACAGGAGGUCUGCAAAGCAAUUUUCAACUACCAGAAUAGAAGUCGUAUAGGUUCUCACUUGGGCCCGAGUGAGAAUUGAGCUGAUUUAGUGUGAGAACGAGAAAACCGAGUAAAAGUGAGCAAGCCUCAGUCAGCGUCAGUCGCUCUCCACAUGCUGUGGGAUGAGUCCAUCAUCAUUUUGAAGUUACACAACUGCAGUGCUGGAGGAAAUUUAAGUAGAGGAAUUUUGUGUCCCACAGAAUCGCUAAACAGAUCUUGUGUCCUUGUGCCUUACGAUUCAAUCUGCAGACUGGUUCUGCAGUAACCGACUUGGAAGAAGUAGGAUUCAAUGAAAAUGUAAAAUGUUUUUUUUUGGUGUUUUUCUGCCACUCUCUUUUUGAAAUUUGAGGGAGAGAAUUUUUCAAUCUUUGGGUUUGAUAUUAGUGCAGAUAAAUGAUCUUUUUAUUUCUUCGAACAGCGAUUUGAGACAAGGUUGAUCUAAUUAACACUAGAUGUACAGCGUCCUCCACAAUUAUUGGCACCCCUGGUAAGGAUCUGUUCAAGAUCCUUUUACAGACCUUCAGAAAAACUUAGAAAGUAGGAUUUUUGAAAAAGAAAAAAGAUUUUCAAAUUUCUUACAUAUAUAAUUAUUCACACUGUGGUAUUUUCUGUCCUUAUUAUUUCAGUUUACUUAUAUUCACCAUUUCGUAGUGAGAGAUUAUGUUACAUCAAUUAAUAAAAAGGCUUUUUGAUGCAUAGGUACCAAAACUUGAGCAGGAUGCUGUUCCAUUACAGUUAUGUUUCUUUAUAAACCAAGUGAUUAAAAGGUAGCCAGUGAACAUGGAUUCUUGACUCCUGCAGUACAACUUCUAAACCACUGACCGUGAGAAAUCAAAGUUUUGUAAAGUGCGCCGGCGGGCCUGUGCACUGGGUGGCUGCAACAUCUUGUGGAGUGCAAUGAACUUGCAUGAUGUCCAGACUUUGUUGGUGUGUCUUUAAAAUGCAAUUUGUGUUCUAUGUGUUUCUGUAGUUAGCAUGAAUUUCUCUCUUAAAUAAGAUAGUUCCUAAACCGUCUUAUUUGACUGUAGCAUGAAGUUUCCACUUAAGUUAUUAACAUUUUAUUUAAAGGUUGCGCUCCAUUAAGCUGAAUAACAGGCUGCAUUUAGUGUCUUGAAGGUCUUUUUGGCCCUGAACCCUAUCGAGGUUCUUGUCUUUGCAAGUGACUUUAUUCACAUGUCUUUGACAACUCAAUGUAGCACUAGAGCAUUUAGCGUUUGCAUUUUUUAGGGUAUAAUGUGAGGAGAUCAAAAGACAUGAGCUUGAAAUCUAAUUUAGAAGAUCUGUUUGAUGCCACAGAUUUCCCUUGUAUGCUGUUACUAUCAAUGUAAUGAAUAAGGUUAAUCGUAUGACUAAGUAUAGACAAAGCAUUUUAUGUUUCUAAACAGCUUGCAUGUAUAGGGGAAGGAAAUGUGCAAAGUAAAAGUUUCCCAGGUGACGGAUAUGUAGACGUUUGAUUUUCUGGAACUUUAGUUAGUGGGGCUUUAAUUAGUUACUAAAUACCUUAAUGAAGAUGUGGGAGUUUUUAUUAAAUACAAUAAACAAAAAGAAAAAGCAUGUGAUGCCAACAAGCCAAAGUUACAUGUUCUCACAUUUUGAUAUUGGAUGUAUUUUCAUGAUAUUGUUUUUUUUUUUUUUAUAUAUAUUUUCCCUCCAUGUCUCAUCCUUGGAGCACUUCUUCCUACCUUUCUGGCUGGUUUCCCUGCUUCAUUGUGAGGCCGAGUGACAGAGAGAACACCUCACAAUGAGCCGCUUGCUUUGGCGUCUCCUCUCUUGUGCCUUUAGUGAAAUCUCACUUUCCGUUUUGUACAGAAUGACAGCAAUGCACCGACAGCCAACUAAGCUCAUGUGUAUGUCUGCGAAGCCAAGAAAUAUACAACACAUUAACGUAAAGGAGAGUAGCAAUUUUUUUUUUUAAGAUUAAGCGUCUUAGAUGAUAAAUGACUUGGCUUCCUAUUGAGUAAUUUAAUAAUGCUUGUAAUUUUAAUUGAUAACCUGAAGAGCUUAACAAGUUUAAUGUGUAUUGUCAUCUAUGCUAAAGCUACACCACAGGUGGCUUGAGUGCUGAAACGAGUUGGAAACUAGCAGUUUCUGCUGCACUCUUCCAGGUGCCUGCUCCUUCUCUUGUGUAGCUAACAAUAAUUUUUAUAUUCUCUCUAUAUACUCAUCUCAAUCAGCAUUAAGAUACUGUGUUCUGUUUUUCACUCUCUAAGUCAAAUCCAACUAUUGCUUCCACUGUUUAUCUGCCAUUUUAUAUUGCAGUCACACAUAGUAUCCUUUCAGUUGAAGAGGGCUUUUGUAACAAUAGGCUGAAUUAAAGGCAUAAAUAUUGGCUGUGACAGCUAUAUGUAUGCUUUAAUGAAGACGGGGAUUAUCCAAAGUACAGCAAAUGUAAAUUUGAUCAAUGCAAGUAACUUCUCACCUUUUUUAAGUGCACAGCACACUGUAUUAACGAAGUUAGAGUGUAAGUAGGAAUGUAUGAAGUCAUUUAUAUUGACAGACUUGCUGUAAUUAACUCCCGGUCAAUACUGUAAUUGUAAGUGGAUUGUAUCUAUGGUAUAGUAUUGUUAUGCACUUUUGUUUCCAUAAACUCGUAUGGGUGUUAUUUACAGUCAGUGUUUAUGUUACGUUAUAAAAGUUAAAAAGAAAAGAGCACACCACACUCACAUGUUAAGGGCUUUGACAUGAAAAAGAAAAAAAAAAAUCUGAAUGUUUUUGCUGCUGUUGCAAAAAAGUUUUGAAACUAAAAUUUUGUAAUAUUUUUAAACCACUGUGAUUUGUACAAAAUUUAAAAAAAAGAAAUACAGAAAAAAACCUUUUUUCUGCCAUUUCAGUAUUUUGAUGUUUGACUUGAAUUUUAUUAAAUCUGUUAAUCUUUUAAAA